GGCAGCGGAAGCGAUUAUUCCCCACCGGCGUCUGGCGGGGUGGGGGGCGGGCUCGCACCCCGAAGAGACACGGGCCUCCCCGCAUCCACCGCUUUGAUCGCACCGCCACCCCGGGCCCCCGCCCUCGGCCCCGGGGCCAGUAUAACUAAAGGCCGUGCCCCUCCCGGAGGUGCACUGGGGUCGGGCAGCGAUGGCCGCAGCGGAGUCCAGCCAGCUCCAGUUCGAGGAGAUCGCCGCGCCCCCCGCCUACCUGCCCGCCCACCCCGGCGGGGCGUUCCUGCCGCUCCCGAACCCCAACGCUGGCCUGCUCCUCGCGCGCCCCUCGGGCUCCGCUCCGGAGCUCGGCGCCCCGGUAGCCUUCGCCGGCUUUCUCGGGAGGGGUCCCGGGCCCGCCGCGCCGCCUCACGCCGGCCUGGGCCCGCCUGCGCCCCCUAAAGGAGCGGCCGUCUCGUCGGCAUCGCAGCGCCGCAAGCGCACGUCGUUCAGACCCGAGCAGCUGCAGCUGCUGGAGCUCGUCUUCCGUCGGACCAUGUACCCCGACAUCCACCUGCGUGAGCGCCUGGCCGCGCUCACCUUGCUCCCCGAGUCCAGGAUCCAGGUGUGGUUCCAGAACAGGCGUGCCAAGUCACGUCGUCAGAGCGGGAAACCCUUUCAACCCUCAGCCAGGCCGGAGCUGUUCCUCCACCACUCUGCUUGUGAAACUGAAGCAAAAUAUCCAAAGGCCCAGCCGCCUCUGGAGGUAGAUGUGAACUGCCUGCCCGAUCCCAACAAGGUUGGAGGCAUCUCUGACUCUAGCUCCCAGGGUCAGAAUUUUGAAACCUGUUCUCCUCUCUCUGAAGACACUGGUUCAAAGCUGGACACAUGGGAGGAACACAUCUUUUCUGCCUUUGGUAACUCUUGAGUCUGGGAGGAUUCAGGGUGAGCUCAGAGGAACCAUGACUGACAGUCAGGGGGACGCACAUCGGAAUACCGUCCUUUCUGGCUUCCAUGUUAAGGACUCAUCCGUGUUAACCUUGAUAAUGGCCCUUGAGUCAUCUCUCACCUGUUGCCCAUGGCCUGUUCCUUCUUCAUAGUACACACCACCUAGGAGUUCUGGCAUUUAUUUUUAUCAACACAUCUCCAAAUAUGCACAUUCAUUUUGGUCCCCUUAUCUGUUCCUUCUUACCAGCCCUGUUGUAAUUUUUUCAAAUUAGUUUCUCAGAACUCAUUAUUUUCACAAGAACUCCUCAGUUUGACUCAAUUUCCCCUUUGCUUGACAGCUGCUGUCUUCAUAUGGCUCCUCCAAAGGCUAAUACCCUUAAACUUAUGUUAACCCAGCUCCUUCAACCCUCCUCCUAUCGUCAAGAUUUACUGCUUUUAAAAUCGGGCCUCACAUCUUUACACACCUUCAUAGUUCCAGUGGUUCUGCAUCCAGAUUAUUCAAGAGACCCCUGCCUCUAUUUUCUCAACUUUUAAAAAACUACUCUCUAAAACCUGUAGUAGCUUUCAGUUGCUGCCAAAUUAUAAAGACCUUUUGGUUACUCUUGCCUGGAAAAUCCCAUGGAUGGAGGCGCCUGGUAGGCUGCAGUCCAUGGGGUCGCGAAGAGUCGGACAUGACUGAGCGACUUCACUUUCACUUUUCAUUUUCAUGCAUUGGAGAAGGAAAUGGCAACCCACUCCAGUGUUCUUGCCUGGAGAAUCCCAGGGACGGGGGAGCCUGAUGGGCUGCCAUCUAUGGGGUCGCACAGAGUCGAACACAACUGAAGUGACUUAACCUUAGCCUAGCCUUUGGUUACUCUUCUAGGUAACGGACAUUGGUAGCCUAUAGGACAGUUAUGCACAUCUUUAAUUUCACCCAUCCACAAUAUAUGUCUGUCUCAAAGCCAUUUCUUUCAGUUUUGGAAGCAAAUGCAUAACCUCUCUCUUUCAAAACACUCUAGACCUCCCUCUUGCUGAAGGCUGUAACUUUCUCUAAUCCCGAUUUUGUACCUGUUACUUCAGUCACUGCAGCAUCAUUACCCUUAGCACUUGUUAACUGUACUUCUGUGCAACUUUAGUUUAUUAUUAUUAAAUGUUUCCCACAAAUGUUUCAUUGUUAAUUCUAUUUAAAUGAGUUCUGUUCUUUAGACAGCUCUUAGUACAGCACUUCACUCCAUAACUACUCAGCACAUAUUUUGUGGCCAUGAAAAACAUUUCUGCAAGAAGUUUCUGCAAAUGUAGUUUCUAAAGCCAGUCACUGUCAUAUCUGGAGGCCACUGUAUUAAGUUUAACUUGGUUAAAAGUCUGUCCAGCUUGUUCAAAGUUUAGUAACACGAAUCUUUUGGUUCCAGGAGAUUUCUUGUUCCCAAUUUAUAUGAUAAGGAUGUAUGAAAAUUAUUAUUUUCAAGUUAUUCUGAAAUAAAUUAUUGUCUUGUUAUUUUGAGGGUUUUUAAACUUCUAAAAGCAAAAGGAAACUCU